AUGCAAGUCAAUGGAGAAACAAACGACGAUAUGGAGUCGUUUGAAGACCUGGAGUUCAGCCUGCUGGAGGAGAGGCGUGCUGUGCUGUCGCGACGCGAGGAGGUAGGGCGGGAGGCGUCGGAGGCGGCCGCCAGGUGUGGCGAGCGGCGGGGGCGGCUGCAGGCGCUGGAAGGGCAGCGACAGGCGGCAGAGACGCAGGCAGCCGCCUCCGCUCAUCAGCUACAGCUGCAGCGGCUCCAGCUGCUAAGGCAUAUCGAGGAGGCUCGCAGUCGACUGAUGCUGCUCGACCAACACAGGGAUAGUAAGAAGCAGAGCCAAGAUGAUUUGGACAGGAUAUCGAGGGUGACAUCCGGUGCACCGAUGGAAGUCUCAACCAAUUCACUCGGCAGAAGAACAAUAGCAUCCUUACAGGAAAUUGAACGGAAUAGGCAGCUGCAUCUCGCCAAACAAGGUAGCCUGGUGAUAGAGGAGGAGCGGAAACGCGUGUUGGAGCUGAAGAGAAGAGUGCAGGAUGAGGCGCGGGCAGAAUGGGAGGAAAGGAGACAGCGCGAACACAACUGCCACUCACUCAACAGUGUCGGCAGUGACGAGUCCAGUCUCACCUCCAGUGACCUCCACACCGAAAGCGCUAGCAGCGAGGAUGUUGAGAAACGACUUCAAACUCCUUUAAAUGGGAAUAAGACUGAUGUUAUUCUAGGCAACAAUGUAUCGAAGGUAAGAAUCUUCAAAGCAUCUCAUUAUAAAAUUAGUGUUAGCUUGACAACUAGGAGGGAAGAAAUUUGGCAACUGUAG